UUGAAUGCCACAGGGGUUCUAAUCAAUGACCUUCGACCACUGGUAUUCUUCAUAUCAGCUGCGCAUUUCGGUAUCUGACACUGCCACACUGUCCUCAGUCGGGUGGGAAAUUGUCUACAGUAAGAAAUUUUUGGUCACGCCAAGUUACAUUCUCGCAAUGAGCUCAGAGAAGCUGCUUAACGUAAGCGAAGUUACCGGUCGGGCCCGCCGAGACCGACCCGGCGCGGCCCGACCGGUGACGGUGGCCGUGGCGGCCGGGGCGGGGGUGCUGGUAGUGGCAGCCCUCGUCUUCCUCGCUCACGAGGUCAAGCAUGUGCGAGAGAACGCAAGUCAACUGCAAGAUCAACUAGCGAAGGCAAAUGACCAGAUCCUGGCGCUGAAGGAUCGUACCUUGGCCAUGGAGAUCAAGCAAAACGUCGCUACUGGAGACAAGGAGGAAGUGUCGGCCCUGAAAAUCCAACUGUCGUCUCUGAGGACUCAACUAGACAGCGAACGUGCUGAGGUGUCGUCUCUCAAGACAGAGUUGCAGCAAGAGAAAGCUGACGGGGCGUCUGUGAGGGAGCGGCUAGCUGUGUUGGAAACCAAGUUCCAACUCGAAUUCGGAAAUGAACAAGAACCAACCUACAGAACCUCUCAUGAGGAGACUGACCCCGAUGUGAAACCCAGUCAAGUCGGUGAUGACGUCAAGCUUAGAGAUCACAGCGCCCCCAUGCGGCGGUCUAAGAGAGCGGCCAACACUGUCACAACACCCUACGGCUUAGGUCCCUUCCGGGGUCCUGAAGGCCCGGCCGGACGAGACGGACGGGACGGCCGUGAUGGUGUUCCCGGGCCGCCUGGUCCUCCCGGGCCCCCCGGUCCGGCUGGUGGAUGUGGAGGGUGUGGAGGACAAUCCUGCCUGGUUGACGUGGGAGCAGAGACUACUGUAGCUGGAGUUAUCACUCAGGGCAGAGCUGCUGGAGGUCAGUGGGUGACCUCCUACAAACUACGCUUCAGCAGAGACGGAAGCACGUGGUCUACAUACCUGGACAAACUGGGACGUGACAAGGUUUUCUCUGGCAACUCUGAUCAAGACACCGAAGUGCGCCACCUGUUGGACCCACUGGUAACUGCACGUUACGUCCGGUUCUGGCCUCAGGCAUGGAGUUCUUGGAUCAGCAUGCGGGUGGAGGUCUUGGGGCAGGAUUGCACCGGUGACUAG